AUGCGCUACCUGCCGCAAUCCGUGAACCUCAUAGACGGAGAGGAAGUUGAAAUGCGGAGGCUUCCACCCACAACGCGAGGGCGUCGCUGUCCGCUCGCUACUCCAGGAGAGGCGGCUCAAGAGGGGGCUGGCAGCCACCUCGCUGAACGACGCAAAAGAAAGAAAAAAAUUCGAUACCCCAAAGGAUGGGAUCCUUCAAAGCCACAGCUGCCUCCGGAUCCCGAACGCUGGAAGCCGAAACAUGAACGGAGCGGAUACAAGAAGAUGCUCAGAAGAAGAAAGGAGUGUGGACGGGGAGGCGCGCAAGGCACCCUUGCACCAGGAGCAGCAGAAGCAACUACUGGCUUCCGAGAAACCGGUCCUACGACCGCCAAAACCAAAGCGGCGACAGAUGGCAGCACAGCAAGAACUCAAUCCAGCAAAAGAGGAUUAAUAGUGACAAAUGCGGUUGCUUUUAUGCCGUAUUACGGAACUUCGGCUUCAGAGUUACAAUGCAAGCUGCGCACACAACUGUCGGACAGAGCGAUAAGCACAGAACCGCAGCUGAACCCUGGACACACACCCACACACACGAACACAAACCCUUCACAAGAAAGCCAAGGCAAUUCAGCAUUUGCUGCCGCAUUUAUUGCCAUUGUUGUAUUCAAUGGGAAGCGCACGAACGGAAGGUGUGCCACUGUAGCUUCCCGGACCCUAGAUACACUUUGUGUCUUCACAGGACCAGAAACAGCAGUAAAAUCUUCCUCUUAUUUCCUCUCACAUUCUGUCUAG